AUGAAUCUUCCGACCCCUGAAUCGUCGUGUUCUCUAUCGCAGAAACCCACGAUCGGCGUGCAGCGGACGACUAGCCGCGAUGAAGAUCACCCAGCAACCGAUAUGAAAACAUCCUCAUCUACAUGCUUCAUACACCGGGUGGUCACAGUGGCUUACUUAUGCGGUGUGAACAUUACCAGCAAUGCAUCCAACGGCCUUACAGUGAUUGGGCUUCCUCGAUUGAAAGAAGAUCUUGAUCUUCAUCCGUCUCUUGCCUUCUGGCCAUUGUCAGUGUAUGGGCUGGCCACAGCAUCAACACUGCUCCUUGCCGGUGCUAUUGCUGAUGUCGCAGGACCACGAGCCUUACAGGGCCUUGCGGCUGCGCUGCACUUUUCUACCUCUGUGGCCCUUGUUACUCUAGGUCAGCCUCAAGGACGAGAGCGUAACUUAUCCUUUGCUUGCUUGGGAUUAAGUCAGUUGUUAGGCUUCUCAGCUAGCCUGAUUUUAGGUGGCAUACUGGUCGACACGAUUGGAUGGCGGUCGGGAUGGUAUCUCUGUGGAGGUAUGACUCUAUUGCUCUUUGCCUUGGGAUUGUGGUCUUUACCAAAAUCCAUAGAGACUAUCUCGACACAAGCCAAAUGGCAAAAUAUAAAAACACGAGUUGACUGGGUUGGCGGAUUGCUCUCAUCGUCCUCGAUGAGCCUUCUGACGUACUUCUUGGCCAUCGUCAGUGCUGAUACUGAUCUAAUUCUAUCACCUGGGAGUCUCUUGGCCGUCAGCCUCAGUUUAGUAACUGCCGUUCUUUUUGUUUUCUGGAUGCACUUUAGGGCAAAGAACGACCAGGUGGCCCUGAUUCCCAAUGAGGUCUGGAAGAACGCUUCUUUUACUAGCAUAUGUGUUACGGUAGCAUUAUCAUUUGCUGUUCUGAACUCUCUAGAUCUUAUGACGAGCCUUUAUUUUCAAAACAUCAAGCAUCUUUCCGCCCUUGAAGCAGCUAUACGCAUGGUUCCAAGCACUGUGGUUGGCCUCGCUCUCAACAUUUUAACGGGCCUUGUUGUUAAUAAGAUCCGUGCCAACUGGCUAGUCGCUCUCGCCUCUCUCCUGUCUGCUGGUUCACCCCUUCUUAUGGCUUUAAUCCAGCCGGAAUGGCCUUACUGGAAAUGCGCUUUCCCGGCACAGAUCCUCAUGCCUUUUUCUGUUGAUGUUCUCUUCACAAUCAGCCUCAUAGUCAUAACAGACGUUUUUCCGAAUGAAAAGCAGGCAGUUGCUGGUGCUGUUUUUAACACUGCUGGGCAGCUUGGCAACACAAUGGGACUAGCUGCCAUGCAGGUCAUUUCAACACGGGUCACAAGACAAGUGAGAGUAAAUUCUGCGGCACAAGCCAUAAUUGAGGGCUACAGAGCGACAUUUUGGGCUAUGCUAACCCUCUUGUUGAUUUGUACCAUUGUGGGGGCCGCUGGGCUUCGCCACGCGGGCAGAGUUGGAUCAAAACAUCAGUGA